AUGUCCUCCAAGGUUAUUCGCCGCAAGAAGAAUGUCAAGAAAGGCAUUCAGUUCUGCCUGAUGGUGUGCGGUGCUUCUGGAACUGGCCGGACCACCUUCGUCAACACCCUCUGCGGCAAGUCUGUCCUCGAGCACAAGGAAGCCGACGAUGCUACCAACGCGCACAUCGAGGAGGGCGUCAAGAUCAAGCCCCUUACUGUUGAGCUUGAACUCGACGAGGAAGGCACCCGAAUUUCACUGACCAUCGUCGACACCCCCGGAUUCGGCGACCAGAUUGACAACGAGGCCAGCUUCUCAGAAAUCGUCGGCUACCUCGAGAGACAAUAUGACGACAUCUUGGCCGAGGAGUCCCGUAUUAAGCGUAACCCUCGCUUCAGGGACAACCGUGUUCACGCCAUGCUUUACUUCAUCACCCCUACCGGCCACGGCCUCCGAGAACUCGAUAUCGAACUGAUGAAGCGCCUUGCGCCGCGUGUCAACGUCAUCCCCGUUAUUGGCCGAGCCGAUACCCUGACCCCUCAGGAGCUUGCCGAGUCAAAGAAGCUGGUCAUGGAGGACAUUGAGCACUACAGAAUCCCCGUGUACAACUUCCCCUACGACAUUGAGGAAGACGACGAGGAUACCGUUGAGGAAAACGCAGAGCUCAGAGGACUCAUGCCGUUUGCCAUUGUUGGCUCCGAGGAUGUGGUUGAGAUUGGCGGCCGCAAGGUCCGCGCUCGUCAGUACCCAUGGGGUGUUGUCGAGGUCGAGAACCCUCGUCACUCAGACUUCUUGGCUAUCCGAUCAGCCCUCCUCCACAGCCACUUGGCCGACUUGAAGGAAAUCACCCACGAUUUCUUGUAUGAGAACUACCGUACCGAGAAGCUGUCUAAGAGUGUGGAUGGCGGUGCCUCUGGCUCCAUGAACCCCGAGGACCUGGCUUCCCAGUCCGUUCGCCUCAAGGAGGAACAGCUCCGAAGAGAAGAGGAGAAGCUCCGCGAGAUCGAGCUCAAGGUUCAGCGCGAGAUCAACGAGAAGCGACAGGAGCUGCUGGCGCGCGAGUCUCAGCUUCGCGAGAUAGAGGCUCGCAUGCAGCGCGAGACGACAGCCCAGGCAUCCCCCGCACUGGACACCAGCCUCAAUGGCGAGGAGAACUAA